AUGAGAUUGUUCGCACAGGCACCUUUAUGUCUACCGCUACUUGCUCAAGUCUCUCACGCCCGACAAGCCGCUGCUGUUCCGAAAGAUUCGCCCGACUUGUGUGUGAGGAGCUGUGAAGCCUCUCUCAAGCCGUUGCGCUUUGUCGACGCCGAUGCUGCGGCAUUGCCUCUCAGGCAGGCGUGCCAAAGCCGCCUCGCUCUGUCAUCCAAGUAUCUAUGUUUGAGCCUUAACUGCGGAACACGGACCUGCGACUCGGCGAUACAACAUCACAAUGCUACAUGCUAUGACUCUUUCGGAAGUCCCAUUCCGACUUUCAGAACCAACUACACCGAUGAGGAGAUUGCCGGACUAAAGAGGAUCGGCAAGGGGGAUGCCUUUGGUUCAGAUAAGCCACUGGCUGAAGUGGUUAUACCGUCAUACGACCGGUUCAAUACCUGGUUCAAGACCUUGGAUGCUGUCGAAUAUGCUCAUAGGCUACACCACCUCUACGGUAUUGGGGUCAUGGUGUUUUGGGUCGCUGUAGUCUUCGUAGGCCUUGGGAAUAAGGCCUAUCUUGCCGCCUCACAAAUGCACCGCAGCCACCAGAGCUUCGACAUUAGCGGAAUUUGGACAGAAACGGGAUCCUGGUUCAAGCGCAAUGUCACGAUUCCCGCAACGUUUGGGUACAGAUGCGCCCAGAAUGUGUGGUGGGCGACUAUCCCGUCACGCAUCCAAACGCUCACCAUCGCAGUCUUUCUUCUCAUGAAUGUCGUGUUCUGUGUGCACGGGUAUAGAAUUAUCGAUGACAACAUCUACUUUGGCACGCCGAUCAGACAGGUCUUGCGGUACGCGGCGGAUCGUACGGGCAUCAUUUCCUUCGCCAACUUCCCCUUCAUUUGGCUGUUUGGCAUGCGAAAUAACGUGGCCAUUUGGCUUACCGGCUGGGACUUUGGAACGUACAACAACUUUCACCGCUGGUGUGCCCGGAUCUCCACCCUUGAAGCUGUUGCUCAUUCCAUUUUCUACACGAUCCUCAUCUUCAUGAACGGGGGUUGGAAUUACUACGCGUGGUGGUUCACAAUGUGGUUUUGGAACGCUGGCCAGAUAGCGACUGUUUCCAUGUGUGCUCUACUGGUCUUUUCUAUCUACUGGAUACGUCGUCGUUUCUAUGAGGCGUUCCUCCUCAUACAUAUCGGACUGUCCAUCCUGAUCCUCCUCACAAUGCUCGGUCACGUCUCCAUAUUCGACGGAGAAUACGACAUUUUGUUCUGGAUCCCUGCGUUCAUAUGGGUCUUCGAUCGAGCAAUGCGAUUACUCCGAAUCAUCAUCUAUAACCCUGGACAGUGGUCAACCACUGCAUUGGCAAGCUAUAGUCAUUCUGCAAACAUCAUCCGAUUAAGCAUUCCCGUGGACAAGGCACUCUACAAGCCUCGAUCAGGCAAUUACUUCUAUCUGACAGUUUUGGACGACAAGCGUUUCUGGGAAAGCCAUCCGUUCACUAUUGCCUCCCUAUCGGGCGAUGUGCCACACAAGGCAGAGUUCACAGAUGAAAAUGAAGGAGUGCCGCUUCUGGCGUCAACGACGAAUUCUUCAGAAGCUGUGGAUGGUGGCGUAGGCGCCGAACUAAAGAAGCAGCACAUGGCAUUCCUCAUUCGGCCAUACGAUAGCUUCUCCGGACGCCUCAGAGACAUGUUGGCUGAUGAGCAAUUAGCUCCGACGUCGGUUAGGGUCCUAGUAGAUGGGCCUUAUGGGCAUACGCAGCGAUUACAUCAGUAUCAAAGAGUCCUGUUUAUCGCAGGCGGGUCAGGAGUCGUCGUUGCCCUAUCAUACCUGAACACUCUCUGCCUCGAAGCAAAGACUCUCCCCACUGUCGAGCUACACUGGGCCGUCCGUGAGCCCGGGUUCGCAAGACAUGUCCUAGCUAAGGAUGCCAGGGAAGCCCUUACUGCUGGCAGAUUGUCAGUGCACCUGUAUGUAUCCUCACAAAUGGAUGCAUUUGACAUGGGUGAGGUAUCAAGUCAGGUCGAGCAACACAUUGGUCGACCAAACAUUCACUCCAUCGUCAUGUCGGCGGCAGUCGGAGCUCAGGGUGGCAACUUGGCCGUUGUUGCAUGCGGACCUGCCAGGAUGGCCGAUGAUGCGCGGCUGGCCGUGGUUGAUGCACUAAGAGAAGGCAAUCAUCACAUAGAUUAUUUCGAAGAGAGCUUCACAUGGUGA